AUGUGUGGAGAUGGUGCAAAUGAUUGUGGAGCUUUAAAAGUAGCUCAUGCUGGGAUUUCCUUAAGUGAAGCAGAAGCAAGUAUUGCUAGUCCUUUUACAUCGAAGAUACGUAAUAUAAGCUGUGUACCCAGGCUUAUAAGUGAGGGCCGUUGUGCUCUUAUAACAAGCUUUGGAAUGUUCAAAUUUAUGGCUGGUUACUCCCUCAUUCAAUCGUUUUCCAUAAUGUUACUUUUUGUGGUCGGUGGCAAUUUUUCUCAAUGGCAAUACUUGCACUGUGAUUUCGUCAUAAUUACAACGUUAGGUUUAACAUUUGGAUAUACACAUGCUUAUCCACAUCUUUCUGCUGAACCACCUACAAUGAGACUUUUGAGCAUGAUAACAAUGUCUUCAUUAUUUGGUCAGGUGAUUAUUGGUUUUAUUAUCCAAACAACUGCAUUCAUAUUGAUUCGCUUUCAAUCUUGGUAUAUGCCGUUAUAUUCGUACUCUAAUAUAUCCGAAUUUCGAAACUAUGAAAGUACAUCUUUAUUUAUAGUCUCCGCUUAUCAAUAUAUAAUUUUGGCCAUUGCCUUUUCAGAAGGAGCACCAUAUCGUAAAUCAAUCCUAACUAAUUAUGCAUUUGCGCUGAAUAUUUUGGUGUGUUUUGUAUUCAGUCUUUACUUGACAACUUAUCCAGCUAAUUGGAUAGUUGAACUUUUACAAUUAGUUCGGAUUCCUUCUGUUUGGUUCAUACUCAUUUUACACUCUAUGGUUUUGGCGAAUUUUAUGGCUAGUUAUAUUGUCGAAUCAAUUGUUGAUGGAGUCUCUUUUCGACGUCGUAUACGUCGUAUUCGUCAAGCACUAUUUCCAAGACGUGUGGAACGUAAAGCUUAUGAGCGAAUUCGAGAAGAAAUUGACAGGUCAGCUGGCGUUUGGCCUCCCUUAUUAAGAUAUGACAGUCUACAAGCAUUACCACGGGAUUUGUUUGAAGAUGGAGAUGUAGAUUUGCCUGAUCGUCCUGGAAGUAGACAGUUGUCUUCUGAAGUAUUCAGCGACACAGAUAUAGGGGUUGAUUCUGGUCAAAGCGAAGUAACUGACAGACGACAGCUUCCCCACAGCAGUACAGACGGUGAUAUCUAUCCGCAUAAAGUUGUCGAUAAAUCAUCUUCUAAUCAAAUGAGUGUAAAUGAAAAUCAAUAUUCAACUCCUACUCUUGAUGGCUCUUUAAAGAAGCACGAUCUUUCAGUAGACACAUUACAGAAUCACACUGUUUAUGAUCCAGAUGUAUUUGAUCAUUCCCCAGUGUCUUGUACACCUUCAGCUUUAGAGUUUCCUGUUAUCGAAAGCGUGAAUUCACAUUUGAGACAUGGAGGUGGAGAAAAUCGUGAAUAA